AUUUCAGUUUUGGUAAAAAAAAAUUCAUUUAUUCAAAAAAAAAAAAAAAAUGAUGUCACAUAAAUUUGGAUGGAGAGAGUAAUGAAGAAGUACGUUGAAAAGGCCAAAAACUGGACAUUAUCCUUUGUUAGCGAUGGUAACUCCACUAUUUAUAUCCAGCUCGUGUACUCCACUAUUUCCCCAAGUACUCUUGAUCCUUCAUUAGAACAAAUUUAGUUCUUAAAACAUGGGUCUUAAGUCCAAAUUGUCUGCCCAGAUAGAAGUGAAGGCUAAAAAUGAUGUGUUCCAUGACGUCUUCAGGCACAAACCACACCAUCUCUCCACCAUGUGCCCUGUCCAGGCACAAGGUUUUGACUGUCUUGAAGGAGACUUGGGUACAGUUGGCUCCAAAAUUUGUUGGAAGUAUACCCACGAUGGGAAACAGAAGAUUUCGAAGCAGAUAUUUGAAGUUAUAGAUGAAGAGAAAAAGAUAAUAACUGUCAGGGAAUAUGAGGGAGAUAUAGCGAAGGAAUAUGAAAACUGGAAGGUAAGUCUCCAUGUUGAUGGAGAAGGUGAAAAGGAUUUAGUAACCUGGACUAUGGAGUACGAAAGGCCAAAUAACAAUGUUCCUGAGCUAACAAGUUUGCUGCAAUUUUUUAUUGAUAUGACCAAUGCCAUUGAUGACCAUCAUGUCAAGGCAAGGGACGUGUGAAGCGAUAUAACAACGGCAUGGUUUUUUGCUUUGAAAUAAAUACUUGACAUUAUAUUAUGUAUGAGAGGAUGUCAAGAAAUAUGUGUUUUUCUGUUUUUUUCUUUCUUUUGUGAGUGAUAUAUAACCUUGUUAACUGUAUCACUACCAGUUUAUCCUCGUGAGUAAUAAGACUUAUAGUUUUGAAA